GUCGACAUCCGCGCUUGGUGCCUUGGCCCACGGGAGACAGGGAGUCUGGCGGGUCACUCUGGCUUCCAGGCCGCGAGUACCGGAGCCGACCCCCACAACCCGCACCCUCUGUGUGCGCGGUCCCGGGGCAGGGGCGGGCCCUGAAUCCCCGGUGCCGGGGGCGCGUCACGGGCGCCCGCUCCUGAUUGGAGGUCCCCGCGGUCCGACCAGGCGCACAGGGGGGUUUGGCAUCGCCAGAGGCCGGAACCGAGUAACGGGACUCGGGGUGGCGGGAGGCAGUCGGAGAGCCCAAGGGCUGGCGUCGGUGUCAAGCCCAAAGCCCACGCUGGGAGCCCGGCCUUGACGCGCCAUGCCCUACGUGCUCAUCAGCACCCAGAUCCGCAUGGAGGUGGGCCCCACCUUAGUGGGCGAUGAACACUCAGAUCCAGAGCUGAUGCAGCAUCUGGGGGCCGCAAGAAGGCACGUCCUGGGAAACAACUUCCAGGAGUACUACGUGGAUGACCCCCCUCGGAUAGUCCUGGACAAGCUGGAACGCAGGGGCUUCCGCGUGCUGAGCAUGACCGGUGUGGGCCAGACACUGGUGUGGUGCCUGCACAAGGAGUGACUCAAACUGAGGAGCACACAGGGCACCCCUUUUUUGGUUGCCAGGGGCCCCAAUCCCAACCCCCACCUCACUCACAGCCCUGCCCCUCCCUUCCCAAAUCGCCAGUUUUCCUGGCCCCAGCAUCACUGAGCAGUGAAUGGCCUACUUUGAAACCCGCCUCAUCAAGGGGCAGGGGGAGCAGCCCCUCCACCUUCUGGUCUGGCUUGAGGGCUCUGGAGGGUGGGCUGAGGCGCUGGCGAGAGCUAGGCUGUCCUUGGCCAGGAGCAAUGGCCCCAGGACUGUGUAGCUAGUUCAAGCCAAUAAAGGGCCAUAAGUGUUGA